AUGCUAACAAACAACUACAUCGAGUCUUGGUACAACCAGCUAAAAACUCAUUUUUUAGGCUGCAGUUGCAACAAAAGAUUUGAUCGACUGAUUUUCAUACUGACAAACGAAGUAGAGUUCUACUUCAAAGAGGAGAGUAUCAGAAUCAAUAUGUGCAGUGGCCCAAUGACAGCUGCCCAAAGACAACAAAGGAAGAUAGAGAUGUCUGCUGAAGCUGUUCCAGCAUACAUGCAUGCUAAUAUGAUUGUUAGCCCAUCAAAAGCAAUGUCUCUGAAUGCCACUCUUGAUGACACUGAUGAUAUUCUUGAAGACAGGUUUUGGUUCAUCAACUCGUUUACCAAAGAUGGUAUUACCUAUCAAGUUGAAUUUGUUAAUGAUAACACUAUGUCAAUUGAUGGCACAAGGGAGAGCACUGAGCGUCGGUAUGCCACAGAGGCAUUUGAGUAUGCAAAGAAUUGUUCAUUAACAACUAGACAUAAUGAGCAAGACUUGUAUCAACUGAUGCAGUAUGCUACAGAAGAGGAAGCAGAGGUUAUCAGAGCAGCAUAUGCUGCUCCCAUAAAGGCUUUUCAAGAAAUCAAAGCUAAAUAUGAAGCUCAUUUUAGAACUUUAAAUACACAACGUCAUUAA